GAGCCUUGGCGGUGCCAACAGCCGAGUGGGAAGGUCUGGUUAAAAAGCCCCACGAGAUAGCAAGGGUGUGAGUGCGUGUGUGGGUGUGUGGGUCGGUGUGGUUACAAGGCGGGUCGGGUUCAACCGAUCUGGGCGGCCAGAGGGAAGCGGGUGCGUCAAAAAUCGAGGCCACCGCCUCACAGGCAGAAGGAGCCGAAGGCGACCGACAGAAAUCGCUUUGCUGUUUCCCGCCUCAGUCGUCCCUCAAAGGAUCCUGGCCAAAAUGUUGGAUCUCACAGAGUUAGUUGAUGUGGAAGUGACGCUGGCAUAUAUCAGAUAUGCAAUCUUUGUCAUUGUAAAAAUGAUGCUGAUGAGUCCUAUGACAGCAUUCUUCAGAAUGAAGAAAAAGGCCUUUGCUAACCCUGAAGAUGUGGCUUCGUUUGGGAAAGAUGAAGCUGUAAAGAAAUACCUCAGGACUGAUCCAGAUGUGGAGCGGGUGCGCAGAAUCCAUCUCAAUGACCUUGAGAACAUCAUUCCGUUUCUCUUCAUCGGCUUCUUCUACUCCUUCACUGGUGUUGACCUCUCGACUGCCUUGCUGCAUUACAGGAUUUUCCUUGGUUCUAGGAUCUUCCACACCAUUGCCUACCUGGUUCCUCUUCCCCAGCCCUGCAGGGGUUUGGCAUGGGGAGCUGGCUACUUGGUUACUUUUUCAAUGGUGUACAGGCUUGUGAUGGUUGGUCUCAGUCUGUCAUAAAAGAAGGAAAAAGAGAAAUAAUAAUCGCUCAUAACCAGCACUGAUGUCAAGUGUCCAAGCUUCUUGCCUCUGCAGAACCUUCCCCCUACUGAUUAUUUUACUGUGGCACCCUUGCAAAUCAGAGAUCAGAAAAGUUACUUUGGGGCUACAAAUCCUUAUAAGCCCCACAAAUUGCAUACAUGGAGGAUUCUUGUAGUCCAGAAAAAAGUAAUUUUUCCUAGGUCCUUUGCACAUCUGCUGUACAUUCCCAAAUGCAUGGUAGAGCAUUCUGGAGCAUGUUCUUGAGAGUGUGCACAUGAUGGCAAGAAGCAUUUUGGACCCCACUAUUGCCUGCUGAAACAAAGAAUGUGACCUAGGUUACUCCCAGUGCUUUUCUGUAGCUACAUGUUUACAGGGAAGGAUGAUGAAUGGCAGUGGAACUAUCUCCCAGGGGAAUGCGCCCACCAGUGUAUUGCUAUUCUCAUCAAAGGACUGUAGCUCAGUAGUAGAGCUCAUGCCUUACAUGUAAAAGAUCCAAGGUUCAGUUCUUCACAUACUCCAUGAAAGAAAGAAAAGAGAAUUGGGCAGCCAGUAAAGGAAACACCUUAUAUCCACGACUGUAAAUGAGAAAUUUGUAGUUAGAGUUUAUGAAAAUGAACUGGAAGAGCCAAUAGCUGGUCCAGGGCCAGACAUUUUGUACAUCAAAGAGCACCAGAUAAUAAGAGGAAGCCCGGGUUUCUCCAGAACCAGGAGUUGGGGGAAUGAUUUUUCCCAGCCUCGCAUGGAGAUGCCGUGGAUUGAACCUGGACCUUUGGCUUGCUAAAGAUGUACUCUACCACUGAGCUACAGCCACCCUUCCUGAAAUGGCCUUCCUCUACAGAAUCCAACACUUAAUCGUUGCCUGUCCAUGCUCUGUAUAAUUGCUACUUUAGCUCAUUGUUCCUAUGUAUGUAUGAUUUCCAGUUUUAAACGUUAACCAGGAUAGCAAGAUGACACCUAUGUUCACCAAGUCAUGGCAAUAUACUUUGGACAGCAAGAUGUUAGGAACACAAUAAGAUGGAGUGGGGAACUUGUCUCUCUCCCCCCCAACACACACACACAACUUUGUAGACAUGUGCUCCCAUAAGCCCUAGCCAACAUAGCUAGUUGCUUUGGGCCUUUUGGGAACAUGGUGGAUGGCUUCCAGAACAAAACCCAAGACUCGAUGGAUUUUUUUGUUUCACCUGUUGUGGCAUUUCUGAGCUUUGUUCACAUCACUGAAUUUUACCAGCAGUUGCCAGGUUCUCUCUGUAGAGUAGGAGAAGAAAAUGGCCCUGACCAGAAGCUGGAAUAAUAAACAUUGAAUGAGGAAGUUGUCCUACUGAAAUCCCAGAGGUAGCCCCCAAGCAAGUAACAGUAUGUUGGUUUCUUGGUACCAGUGAUUUUCUGUUGCAGAGUCAGAGUAACUGUGGUAUCUUGAGCAAAUGAGAAACAAGAACACACUUGUAUGAAAGAAACUGAUAGAAUAGAUAGGUCCUGGGAUAGUUGGACUGCAGAUUGAGAAGUGGGGUAAAUACUGAGUAUGUAUACACAGUAUGCUCUUGAUUCCACACCUGUCAACACAACUCUUAAAGUUCUGGAGAGGGGGGAGUGGGUUUUUGGACUGGAACCUCCGGAAUUGCCCAGUUAUUGUAUCUGUGUUGGCUGGGGAAUUUGAGGUGUGAUUAUAAAUGGAAAUGUUCCAAAGUUCUGUCUCCAGGAAAGGUCAAAACCUCUCCAUAUUGAGCAUUUUGUGUCCAAGGCUGUUGAGCAGGUGGUAUAAAACCCAGUGAAUAGCAAGAUGCUGGGAUAUAUCAGCUUUCGCUUCCUGCAGAUCUUGAUGCGAUCCUAUAAAACCAACUAUAAAUUGGUGAAGAGAAACCCGCCCAUCCCCAGUUGGCUGCUUUUGAGGCGUUUGCUACCUUCGGCAUUCCUUGAAUCCCAUUCAACAUUCCAAAUGUUUUAAGAUUAAUUCAGUUUGGUUCUUGUUUCACUUGGUGGUACCUAGUUCUUGGUGUUUGAAAUAGUUUUUUUUUAAAUUCUGUGACAUAUCGCCUCACCUCAAGAUGACUGGAAAAACUUGUAGAAGCUUUUAAGACUUCUGAAGUACAACAACUCUAUUGAUGGUGUGUAGGCAUGGUAAUUUUCUACAGAUGCUAUUUUGGGAUGUAUCUUUUUGAAGCAUAAAUAAUAAAGACAACAACCAAAAGAGGGGGGGAAAGUGUUUGAAUUUUUGGGGGCUAUUUCCCCCCUCGACUUUUCUAACUGCAGUAAGCAAAUAGGAUGUCACAAAGAAUCAGAGAUUUGAAUCAUGGAGCUCUUUGAAGAAUAUUUACCUUAAUAAUAAGAUAGCUCAAGCAAUGCCAAGCCUUGUUGAAAAGGAGACUUUGAUGCAAAUAGGUGUUUGUAAGCAAGUGCUAAAAUAAAUACAGGGAGCAAUUGUGGGGUUUUUUUUUAGCCUACUAUAUUCCUUUGGGGGGGGGGAGAGAAUGUUUUAAUGUAUUUUACAUCAUUGUGAAGCCUUUACAGUAAUUUUCUUUUCCAUAAACUAGAACUGGCAUUAUUAUCAGAG